GUUUGGAUGAAAACAUUAAAAACACAAUUUUGUUAUUUAAUUGAAAUUGAAAAAUGACUACCACUUGCAAAUAUUGUAACGAACCGGAGAAUAAACAGGACAGACCUGGAUUAAUAUGCGAGAUCUGUAUAUGUUUCGUUCAUUUAGACUGUCUGCGACGAGAGGGCACCCCCGGCGACUUUGCCUGCGAUGUAUUCUUUGAUUACAUUUGUGCAGACUGUUCUCCGUCCAAGGAGGAGGUGUUUAGACGUAAUAAGUUCCCGUGGGUUAAUGUGUUAUUACUGACGCUGAAUCACCUCAGUAUCCACAUGCAGGGCAUCAGCAACAACGGCUACUUCCACUACAAGACACACAUCUGCUUCUUCAUUGACAGAUACUGGUCAAUGCUGUUUGCACCCAACUGCAAACAGAAGAAGAACUGGAUAGGCACCAUAGCUGGAGCCCUAUCUGUGUACAGUAACCUAUUCUUCCGCUCCGGCUCUAUAGCCCUCGGAGAGACAGGCUGGUGGAAGCUUUUGCAUUCUUUCUCACCAGCCGUGGCUGCACACAUAAAUCAGGAGAUGGCGCGGGAUCGUCCCAAGGGACGCGCGCGGAACCAGAUGUCUCUGGACAAAGCGUUAUUCGUCUCCAAAGUUACCUUGUUGGGCUACAAGGAGUACAUAAGCGACGUGCUGGAGGCCCCGCUCAAGCCACCCGAGGGUGUCGCCAAGAAGCGACGCCGCCUCGACACCGACGAGCAGGGCGGAAGUUCCGCGGACGCUCCCGAGCUGUUCGACCCGGACAAACUGCACGCAAGCCGCUCGCAGUUGCGCAAGGGGUGGGAGGAGCCGCUAGAACAAACUCUCUCUCUGCAGCACAGCUUCAACGACGUGGAGAGCAUCUUCCGUGGGUUUUCCUUCACACCCGCCUCCGCCAUGGUGCAACCCAGCGAUACAUCUAGUAAUUUAUCCAACUCCGAGUCAUACGGAUCGCACACGCCCGCCGAACCGCAGUCCGACGAAGAAAAACCCCCGGAACUGAAGAAGCUCGACCAAAAGACCAAAAAACCCGACGAUAAACCCGCCUUCCCCACAGAAUCACUGUUCUCAUCGCUGCCGAAUUCCGUAGACAUGCCGUGGAUCGAAAAGGAAGAACAAGAAGAGACUGACAAAUCCAAUUUAGUUGAAAUAACGCCGUACGAAGAAAUACAGCUUUUGAAGACUGUGGAGAAUUUGAUACCUAAAGUGAAGGAUCCAAAUAAGAAAGCGUAUCUGUGUCGGUUGAAAGCGAAACUCGCUUUGAGGAGAUUGAAGAGGCAUCAACAUUUGCCAGUCUUCGAUUUAGACAAAACAGUAAAGAUACUGGGCGGCUAUGUGACAGAAGAUCCGAGGGUCGUCAUGAACGCGGAACGAGUGUUAGACAGGUUCCAGAGAUCAUACCUAAUAGACAACCUAUGCGGCACGAUAGCAAGCACCAAUUACGGCACCUUGCUGCUGUCGCACAUCGAACCCACUGCCUUCCGGUCGGGUUACUCCGGCACGUUGCUCAAACCAUACAUCCGGAGGGACUCCACCAACACACCCAUCUGGCUGGAUGUUAUGGAUGAACUACUCAGAAAAACGAAUAGGCACAUAAAAGACUACCAGCCUCCUCCUCGAGCGACGAUCGACUUCUCGUACGUGAGGCCUCAACACAUCGCCGCCGUCAACAACUUGUGUGCGCAGUUCUUUUGGCCGGGGAUCGAUUUGACAGAGGCCCUUGAGUACCCAGAGUUCAGUUGCGUGGUGACAUACAAGCGCGUGGUGGUGGCGUGCGCGUUCCUCGUGCCGGACAGUGGUCACAGCGAGGCGUACAUCUCCUUCAUACUCACCAGGCCCGAGUGGCGGAGGGCCAAGAUAGCGUCCUUCAUGCUCUAUCAUUUGCUACAGACAUGUUCAGACAAAGAUGUGAUACUGCAUUGUUCGCCUACAAACCCUGCUAUAUUCCUCUAUCAAAAGUUUGGCUUCAAAGUGGAAGAGCUGAUACAAGACUUCUACGAGAAGUACUUCGACAUCGGCUACAAGGGGUGUCGGCACGCCCUGUUGUUGCGGUUAAUACGAUGAUUAAAUUAUGUGGUUGCAA